CUAGGGGAGAACACUCUGACAAAAAGGAUUGCAUUGUGUAUUCUGCUGAGUGACGACAACUGGUAAUUUUCUUGUCAACUUUCAGAGAGAAGAGAACAACAUAAUGGCCGUCCUUCUGUCUUCAAAAGCUUUUAGCUGUCAUGUACUCAGUUUGUCCUUUGCCAGAAAUAUUCGUCAAGCUCCAUUUACCAAUGGCCAUGCAUACCAUCUCUUGAGUCAAAGGGGUUCGUUCCGUGGGAACACCUUUCACAAGUUCAGGCACAGGAAACCUCCGCAAUGCCAUCAGACGACUAACAGACUACAGUCAAACAGCCAUGGACCAGGCAGGCAGGGUAAAAUUGAAGGCCUUCCCAAGGUUUCCUUGUUCAAGAGGCUUGUUGGCCAAGUUGGACCUCAGAAAAGAAACUGGCAUCCAGGAUCCUCCAAUUUAAAUCCAAAUGAAGUAGGAAUUGCUGGUGCAAAACCUGUCAGAUAUAUUGAUAUGAUGAAGUCUAUGCUGACCUAUAUCUGGCCAAAGGACAAUCUGCGCUUUAAGAUUCGUGUUGUGAUUGCCCUGGGUUUACUUGUUGGCGCCAAGGCUUUGAAUGUAACUGUUCCCUUCAUCUUCAAAUAUGCUGUUGACUAUCUGAAUGCACCCGCUAAUUGGCUUGGCUUAGAAAACCCUGGCAGCACAAUUUUCACAGUUGCAUUUGCUGUGAUGGUUGGAUAUGGUUUGGCCAGAACUGGGGCUGCUUUGUUCAAUGAGCUUCGCAAUGCUGUCUUUGCCAAAGUUGCUCAAAGCUCUAUCAGAAAAGUGGCCAGGAAUGUCUUCCUUCACCUUCACUCCAUGGACAUGAACUUUCACCUUUCAAGACAGACUGGAGCAUUGUCAAAAGCCAUUGACCGUGGGACAAGGGGUAUAAAUUUCGUUCUGAGUGCAUUGGUAUUCAAUGUUGCUCCCACCUUGUUAGAAGUUUCAUUUGUCAGCUCGGUUCUGUACUACAAAUGUGGAGGAAAAUUUGCCUUAGUAACCUUGGGUUGUGUGGCAUCUUAUGCUAUUUUCACCUUUUUAAUCACGCAAUGGCGGACAAAGUUUCGGGUGAUGAUGAACAAGGCAGACAAUGAAGCUGGUUCAAAAGCUAUUGACUCCCUCAUCAAUUAUGAAACUGUCAAGUAUUUCAACAAUGAGAAGUAUGAGGCUGACCAGUAUGAUAAGUACUUAAAGACGUAUGAAGACGCUUCCCUCAAAACAACUGUGAGCCUGGCAAUGUUGAACUGGGGGCAGAAUGCUGUGUUUAGUGUCGGCCUCACUGCCGUCAUGAUUAUGGCUAGUCAAAACAUCAUGGCAGGUACUAUGACUGUUGGAGACUUAGUGAUGGUCAACGGACUGCUGUUCCAGCUAUCGUUGCCUCUAAACUUCCUUGGUUCUGUGUACAGAGAAGUGAGACAGUCGCUCAUUGACAUGCACACCAUGUUCAGCCUGCUGAACAUGUCUCCUAACAUCCAGAACAAGCUGAAUGCUCCAGUACUGCAGGUCACACCCACAGAGUCUGCUAUCACCUUCCAAGAUGUCUACUUUGAGUAUGUCAAGGGACAGAGGAUUCUGAAUGGUCUCAGCUUCACAGUGCCCUCUGGGAAAAAGGUGGCCAUUGUGGGGGGCAGUGGAUCCGGAAAGUCAACAAUCGUGCGAUUGCUGUACCGGUUCUACGACCCAGUGGAGGGACAGAUCCUAAUCAAUGGUCAGGAAAUCAAUGAAGUUGAUUUGGACAGCGUCAGAAAAGCCAUUGGUGUUGUGCCACAGGACUGCGUUCUCUUCCAUGACACUGUCUACCAUAAUAUCGCGUAUGGGAACCUGUCUGCACCAGAGGAAGAUGUUCACAGAGCCGCCGAGAUGGCAGAAAUUCACGAUGCUAUCAUGAAUCGUUUCCCCAAGAAAUAUGAGACCCAGGUUGGAGAAAGGGGUCUGAAACUUUCAGGAGGAGAAAAGCAGAGAGUAGCAAUAGCUCGAGCAAUCUUGAAGGAUUCUCCUAUCAUAGUUUAUGAUGAAGCCACCUCAUCUCUUGACACAAUCACAGAGCAGAACAUAUUACAAGCUUUGAGGCGGAUUACUCAAGGUAAAACCACCAUUGUGAUUGCUCACCGCCUGUCGACGGUGAUGGACGCAGACCAGAUUCUUGUGCUGGACAAAGGUCGAGUGGCAGAACAAGGCUCUCAUAUGGAGCUCAUGUCUCAGCCAGACAGUCUCUAUGCCCAUCUGUGGGAGAAGCAAAGCCAAGCUCUGGACAUGAACAAUAACAACAAUACAAAAGCUAACAAUGAGAAAGACAGUAAUGGUGGCGUUAUUGAUGAAAAGGAUUCUAUACCUCAUUGAUGACGGCGGGCUAUGUUUAGAAAUCAUGAAAAUUGUGUUGUAUUAAAGAGUCCAGUACAGUCUGCCUUUCUCUUCUGAUGAUAACAUUUUUGCCUUUACACUGUUUUACAAUUCAAACUUUGUUGUGCUCCUAAAAAGUGGAGUUAAAAAAAAUCAGAACUACAGUUGUAAGGGACUAGAGUACUUUUGAGAAUUGUAUACACUAGAAAGUACUUUUAAUUAUUAAAUUAUUUAUAGUUGGCCAAAGAGUCGUGUAAAUGCUGUGUGCUUGCUGUGUGUAGAGAGUUGAAGCUAUACUAUCAGUUGAUUGGUGUGUUUCCCUUUCAUGAGACUUUGUCCCUUAUGAGAAUGUUAGGUCAUGGCUACACAUAGUCACAUAGAGAAACAUCAAGACUGGACAAGAAUCAAUUUGAUUAGUUAUCUAGACUGAUAAGGAAUUAGUUUGGCAAACUUUACUACAAAGUUUUAAAUUCAUCUGCCAGCUGAAAAAACUUUGUAACCUCUCAAGUUUUCUAAAACCAUCUGUGGAUCCAAUUUUCUUUUAAAGCUUCGAGAGAAAAGAGAUGCUCAAUGUGCCAAGACACAUAAGCUUUGUCCCUGGGUAGUGAUACUUAAUUGUACUUUUUUUCCCCUUAUGUUCUUAUGAAAGUAGUGUAUGUUGUAAACAGUCCUGAAAAAACAAUGAAGUUAAUUUUAAAAAGAGUAGAGACGGUUUGCUUUUAGAUUAGUAGUAUGCAUACCAGUGUUUGCAGGAUUCUGUUGUGUAUAAGAAAUCUGUUUUCUACUUUUAUGUUUUUAUUGGUUGUAGUUGAUGUUAAUACAUGAUGUGUGAGCCAUACUUAAGUGGUUGAGAUUAGUUUAUUUGCUUUUAACUGGUGAAGUUUUUGGAUCGUAAAAUCAAAAAGUGUUUAUGUAAAUUAUUAUAUUUCUAUUUCUAUCUUCCUGUCAGUGUCACUGAUAAAUAUUGAAAUAGUUGCAUUUCAGUUUUUAUUGAUUUGAUUAAAAAAACGAUUUUUUUAAAACAAUAGGGGCACACCUUCUAGGGAAAUCAGUCAGUCUGUCUUAUGUAAUGUAAUCAUUGACCUGAUGGUUCUCUUGUGUGUUUUUUGUUAGUGGGUUGACAACUAAAAAUGGAGUACCGGUACUGAAAUAGUUGUAUUUCAUUUUUGUUGAUUCAGUUUUUAAAAAUUUUGCUUGAACAAUUGGGCAUACUUUUGUAGGAUAUUGCUCACAAUUUGUUGUAUGUAAUGUAAUAUUUGACCUGUAGGUGACAUUCCCAUCCAAAAAUGAAAUUUCUAAUUGUGGGGACUAUUUAGGCUACUGUGUUUAAUAAUCUACAGAUGACUUAAUAUAAGGUAUCUUGGAAAAUCUACAUCUUCUAAAUAGAACUGCUGUGAUAUUUUCAAAAUUAAUUUGUGUAAUUUCGUUUAUUUCCCACUACUGAUUUUUUUUUUCAUUUAGGAUGUAUGAGAGCAGUAUAAGUGGACAAUGUAAAUGUUGAAGGUUUCACACCAGUCUGUGUAGUAACUGAUCUGUCCGUUUCCUUGUUGUCAGGGGUCCAUAAGACACUUAAUAAGGCACUCUUGCCUUGUCAAAGCAAUUUAAUCAGAAGUAGAUAUCAUGUAUUCUUAUUUAGUCUGAGAUACAUAAAGUUCAAUUAAUAUUUUUGUAUGCUUGUUUGCAUGCUCGGGUGAUUUUAUGUAAUCGUGUAUGUUUGCGUAAAAUAUGUGUAUACUUGUGUGGGUUUGCAUAUUUAUUUUAGUGCAGAUGUUUGCAAGUGAAGGUUAAUUUUUUUGCUCUUUUAUAUGUUUUUUUUUUUCUUGAACAUCUAUUAUUAUAUUAUUUCUAGUAUUUUCUUUUUCUUUUUGAAUACAUUUGCAGUUCCACAAAAAAAUAGAUGGAAAUACUGUCUGGAGGUGGGGUUACCUUACCUAUUCUCAUCCACAUUAGCUGCAAUGUAAGCAUUGCUUUGCUUAAACUACGUUGAUGGAUAUCAUUUUGAAAACAAUGAGGUAUCGUGUCUAAUACGUCCAGGCUUUAUGUACCAAGGCUUUUUUGUUAUCUGCUCCUUGUAACAAGAAAGAACCUGGCGAAUGAACAGUAGCUUAUCAGAUGGCAGAAAGGCUGUUCCUCUUGCGCAGCAUGGUGAAUAAUUGUUUUCUAUCUCCUCAAAUACUAAGCGGAGAGGGCUAGGUUGAAAAUAUUGUGGAAGCCAGAAAAGCAUAACUAAAUCUCAGUAGGCUACUGUUUUCGGUAUCAUACCGAAAGAAUAAAAAAUGAAUGAAAAUUGUACCUGGCACCAAGCACAAGCUAGUCAAAACCUGUGAAAAGGUUUGGUCUGGACCCUAAGGUUGCUUGUUAUACUUCAGGAAAUCGGGCAUUCUUCUUUUUAGCCACUUAGCUUCAUUAACUCUUUUUUAUCUGCUUUCAUUAUUUUAAAAAGUACCAUAUCGGGCUAAGUGUACAUAUUUUCAGCCGGUUUUGAUUGUGAUUUUUAUUUUUUUCUUUGCUGCUUUAUUAGGCUUUUGUAUCCAAGAACAUGUCUUUCAAAUAGUUUUUGUUGUGCUGAGAGUCGGAAAUUAAAAGCUAUAAUAAUUUCUUGUAUUGCUGGUAUUAAAAUAUUGUUUUUUCAAGAGUGCCAGUCUUACGUUAGAUAGAGUGCAGCAUGUAUGCUAAACGUUUGUGUUGUUUUUGUUCUUUUAGUUCGUAGCGUAUACACAGCCUCGUGGCCUACCGAGCGCAUGGUAUCGGUGAAAAAGGGGUAAUUCAGAUGGCUGUAUCUUUGCUAUAAGACACCAAAUGCUGUACACCUUGUAAAAGUUCAGCUUUUCCUUGUUACAAUGGUGUAAGUUGUUUGUAUAUUAUCUGAUUAUUUGGAGCUGGAUAAUCGCCGUGGAAAGCGAAGCCCCUUGCAGUCGGAAUGUGUGGUCGGCUGGUUAAAAAAUUUACACAAGUGCAUUCAAAUGCUUCGCAGAAACAUUUAUGAUUAAAUACCGUCUUUUCAUUGGUGGAGAACUGUCGGAUUUAGGUUAUCAUGUUUCAUUCAAUUUGAGAAAGAGCUCAAACACAGUGAAUCCAUUGCUGGCACAGUUCCGUUCUAGGACAAACAAAAAACUGGGUGCUGCACGAGCCAAAAUUUUACAAACUGUACUUUGCAUUGAGCUUAACACAGUGCAGCCAUGACAACACUGGUUCGUCCCCAUGCUAAACACAUCCCACAGCUGGCGUUUUGCUGGUGGUUUCAAUUUUAAUGUUGCUAUAAAAUUUGGCCAGAUUUCAUCUGUUGUUAUAUCAGCAUGGAGGUUGAAAGAUAAGUUGGAGCUAUGUAGAAGAGACAAAUUGUUUACAAGUAAUAGUAUGUGUGAAUGUAAGGAUGGAUGGUUGUGUUUAACUAUGUAUGUGUGGAUGGAUGGUUGGACUGAUAGAGCAAAAUAGUUUUGGAUUUUGCUUUAUUACUUUAUUUCCAGACUUGUUCAUGAAUAAAAGUUGAAAGCUA